AUGAAUAUAAUUUAACAAUUAGAGAUAGAUCAAGAGGAUGGGUUUGAAACAAAAUUUAUGUCCUUUGAAGAUUCUGACUUAGCUUAUAACUAUUUAAAGAUUCCUCCUGAUUUGGAAAAAGCAUAAUUACACAGAGUAUGUUUUAUAACAACUAUUUUUAGCAAGCAUAUACAGUUCAUAAAACACCUCUUUCAAAUUCUUAAUAGUGUUUUUGUUGCCAUUUUUACAAAGAUCACAUCAAGUAUACUUUUUUUGAAGGCAGAAAAUAUUAUCAUCAUCAUAGUUCAAUAGGUGAAUAUUUUGAAUUGAUAAAGUAUUGUAUUUAUUAGUUAUUGAUUAUUGGGUAAUGAAAAUAAAUAUGACUAGUAUCUUGCUUGUUCCUUAUUGUUUGAUAACUUAUAGUAAUGGAAAUUAAUGUGAGAAAAUUUAAGAUUGUGAUACAAAUACAAAUAAAAUUUAUUCUGUAUGGAAUCUUAUUCCCGACUAUUAUUCUUUAGAUGAUUAAAAAUAUAGUUAUUUUGUUCAUAUUACAUUUCUAAUACUGCAAAUAGUUCAUUUUAUAUUUUUCAAUAAUAAAAAAGCUGCCAAAAGAAUUUAAACUGCAGCAAUGUUUGAGUAUUUAAAAUAAGUAUGUCUUUAUUUUCCUAAAACUAUCCAUUAAAAUAUAAUUAAAUAUAUGAAAAAUAGAUAACCAAAUCUUUUUGAAUAUAUAGUGUUUGAUUAGAAGAAAUAUGAAAAAUCUUUAUUUGAAGAAUUAAAGGUUCAAUAUUCAAGAAUAUAUGAUAAAGAGUAAAUUUUAAUUAUUUAUUUUUAGUAAUAAAUGGAAAAAAAAAAUCUUAAUGUAAUUACUAUAAAAUGAUACUUUGUUAGAAGAAUGUAUAAUAGGGAGGAUUGUAUUGAUGGAUAAAUUAGUUUAAAUAAAAGGGGNUACUUAUACUAAUCUUAAUUAUACCAGUUGCUAAGCAUCAGAUUUUACAACUAGUUUAUUUAAUUACGAAAAUAAAGAAAGAUGA